AUGUCUCCCGCUUACCCAAACCUCGGUGGAUAUUUCAACGGAUAUGCGGAGCCUAUUAUGUUCAGCGCUCCCAAGGCUCAAAGAAGCCGUCGCAAGUCUGCGCCCGGAUUGGAUCACAUCAAACAUCGACGCACAAGGUCAGGCUGCUAUACAUGCAGGAGCAGGCGAGUCAAGUGUGAUGAAACUCAUCCAGUCUGCGAGAGAUGCAGAAAGGGAAACCGAGAAUGUGUCUACCCCGAACCGACACCACCGAAGGGAUCCGUGAAAGAUUCAUCAGCCCACAGUCAGCAAGAGAGCCCUACGUCUUCACGUGGCGAUGAUGAUGACGACGAAAAUGGACAAGAUGGAUUUCUAACGCCGAUCAUGGAUGAGGAUGAAGAAGAAACCGAAAGCGCAGCAAUGCAAUCCUCGAUACCGACCAUUCCUCUACCGUCCAGCGCAUCGGCAACAUCUUUAAGUUUCAACCAUGGACCUAUAGACUCUGGGAAGGGGCCAGACGGGGACGUCCAUUUCUAUCUCAACUACUACCGGGACAAUAUCACGCACUAUCACUACUCGGUCGUGAAUGAUUCUGAUAAAUUUUUCCAGGAGAUAUUGACUGGAUUGGUAUUUCAGGACGAGGGCCUGCUCUAUGCCGUGGUGGGGUUUGCCGCCUACCAUCAUACCUUGCAAAAUCCGAUAGGAGAGAUCAAGGACUUCUUGCAUUUCUAUAAUCGCAGUGUUACUUUACUGCUGGGGUUCUUGAAAAGGAAAGAACGCCAUACGGACCUGACUCUGUUAACCAUCUUGCAACUUGCCACCAUCGAAGAAUAUCUUGGCGAUUGGGUCAACCUCAUGGGUCAUCAGAAGGCUGCCCUAGAAGUGCUGACUGAACUGUACACGCCACAAACGAUCAUGCAGAACCCCGUAGGGCGCAUGAUCCUAACGUGGUAUACACGGUUCGACGUGUUUACCGGCAUAAUGGGCAGCUCCGAAACUAUGCUUCCUCAGGAAUGGUUCACAGCAUAUGUCGAUUACUACGAAACUCGAGCGGCAGAAAACCCCACCGAACUUUCCUACAAAAUCGAGGGGUGCUCAGGACGACUACGCAUGAUAUCCAUGGAGAUGUCACUCUUGUUUGGAAGAGGUGCCAGGCAGAAAGUGACGGAAGAGGAGUAUACUGCCGAGCACUGCCGAUUAUACAACGCCCUUCACGAGUGGAAGAGCAGCUGGGAUCCUGCCUUGGAAAAUCCCGAGUUCCUCGUUACGGAUUUGCCGAUGGACGGGACCACAGGGACAGAUCGCGUCUUUCAGCCGCUCACGCCUGGCUUACUUUUCCGGCCUCCAUUUUUUGCCUCGACGAUCUUGACUUGCGAAUGGAACUCGAUCGCAUUGAUGCACGGAAGCCAGGGCGCAACAGAGCCCUCAAGUGAGACGAUGGAGAAGUUGAGAAAGCACGCAUAUGUGGUAUGCGAAAUUAUCGAGGCAGUCGAGACAUGGCCGCUUAGCCCCGCGGGAAGCCUGAUAAUCAUGCAACCAUGUCUCGGUAUUGCGGCUUUAUUUAUCCACCAGGAGGAGGCCUACCGAUUCUGGAUCAGGAAGAAGUUCGCAUUGCUUGAAAGAAUGGGGUAUAUCUCACCCAGAACAAUGCGACUAAGAAUGGCAGAGCUCUUCCGCGACGGGAGCUGUCUCCGCUGGUGGUUACCGAACGACGAAGGGUUUACGCCCAUGCUGCAGAGCAUCCGGGCCUUUGCGGACGAGCGAAAUGCCACGGCUGUGUCGACACAGAGCGAGAACCUGCGGCAGAUACGAUCCGUGUUUUCCAGAAUGGAUAUUCGACGAACAACAAGCCACGGCCAGGGACAGUUGAGCGGUGGGGUUAAUACUAUGCUUUUGGAAUGA